UGGCGCGCCUGCGCUUUGAGCCCCUCCUAUUUUCUAAAAGGAAAAAAAAACGAGGAAAAUGGCUGCCUUUCUCAUUUAAACCUCUGUCCUAGAAGAAUAAAUAAAUAUCAAAUACCCGGCGCAUAAUGUCAUCCAGGAUCAAGUUAAUAUCCAUGGAAUAUAAGGCGUAGAAUACAUGCGUUUUUAUGAUGUUAUGGCGGUCAAGAAUGGAAAAUCUGUUUCAUAUUUAACCCUUUGCAUUCUAUGAUCCGCCUACAAAUGAGAAAAUGAUGCACCAAGUCACUAGCAGCAGCAAUGACUAUUGCAUGAGUGGCCUUGCAGAGGAAUGUCAACACCCAACCAGCCACUUUGACUUAUGUAGCUCGCAAUCCAACAAAUUCUACCCUUCGCCCCCACCCCCUGCUCUACAGCUGCCCCACCCAAACCUGCACAAGCCCAUGCCCUGUCAAAUGCAACCAGAGACCCAGAAUGAGUUUCACCCUCAGGCAGUGAGGAUCCGAGGGUCCAGUGAGGCCCUAACUGGGACAGAGAGCUCCAAGAAAAAGAAAGGAGGCGUCGUCAAGUCCGGCCGUAGAGGGAGACCCUCGGGGACCACUAAGUCAGCCGGUUACCGGACAAGCACCGGACGUCCGUUGGGGACCACGAAAGCUGCGGGGUUCAAGACCAGUCCCGGCAGGCCCUUGGGUACGACCAAAGCGGCGGGCUACAAGGUUAGCCCUGGCAGGCCUCCUGGUAGCAUCAAGACUCUGGCUCGGCUCAAGAAACUGGAGUACGGGAGCUGUGAUGGUACCAAGAAACUAGGCUUCAGUAACUGCGUCGGCGGAGCCAAGAAACUGGACUAUGCCAGCUUCGAAGUGGCACCUUUCCCUUACACCCUGAUGCAGAAACGAGGCUUGCGUGAGCCUACUGGCAAAGUGGAGGAAACUAACAAGUAGUUCUUCCUGCGUCUCGUAUCUAUUGCCUGGAAAUCAUAUUUGAGUGCUUGUCCUAAAGGGUGUUGAUGACCAGCAGGGACUCAUGUAGCCAAAAUAUGGGUUGACUUUUGGAUAUGUCUGGCACUGGUUACUAACGGAUGGCUCCUCCUCUCUUCAAUGUACUCUGCUGAUAUCGUCACCAUUUACUCUGUCCCUAUCCAAAGACUGAAAUCGCUCUCUUUUUUUCAAUAAGUUUGUUAUCUUAUUUUACAGAAAUUGCAUGAUAAGGCAUAUAAUAAAUACAAUCAAUAUACUUUAGCUAAACAGGAAUGAGAGAAAUAGCCUACUAUUCGUCAUUAUCUGGUCAAAUGAUCGCUGUCUGGAGAAGGGUUGAUGUUUUGUUUAAAUGUUUAAAUAUUUGACUUUCAUUCAUCUGUUUAUUUCAUGCUCUGAUAUAAUGUGCUUUUAUCAUUAGUAGUUUGCUUGUCCUCCUGAUGUUUUCCACAUUGAAAAUGCAUCUGAGUAGAAAACAACACAAAACACACUAGCAAAACAUGAAUCUUAGUAGGAAACAACACAAAACACACUAGCAAAACAUGAAUCUUAGUAGGAAACAACACAAAACACACUAGCAAAACAUGAAUCUUAGUAGGAAACAACACAAAACACACUAGCAAAACAUGAAUCUUAGUAGGAAACAACACAAAACACACUAGCAAAACAUGAAUCUUAGUAGGAAACAACACAAAACACACUAGCAAAACAUUAAUCUUAAGCUUCUCCCAGAGUUCAUGUGGCAGUGUUUGUGUCUUUUUGUGUUGUAUGGUAUGACAUAUUUUUUAUUUGUAUUUAUACAUAGCAUAUUUAUACACAGGAUUUCAUGCAAUAUAACAUUGUUACGACACGUUUUUUGAAAUUUUGCUUGAACUUUUGGGCCUCCCGGGUGGCGCAGCGGUCUAAGGCACUCCAUCGCAGUGCUAGAUACGUCACUUCAGACCUGAGUUCGAUUCCACGCUGUAUCAUAACCGGCCGUGAUCGGGAGUCCCAUAGGGCGGUGCACAAUUGGCCCAGCGUCGUCCAGGUUAGGGGAGGUUUUGGCCAGGGUAGGCCGUCAUUGUAAAUAAGAAUUUGUUCUUAACGGACUUGCCUAGUUAAAUAAAGGUUACAAAAAAUUAAAAAUAAACUGACACGAACACAGUGCAUCUGAAAACCUCUCAUAAUGCUUAUUUGACGACAAAGGAAUUGUUAUUUCUAACCUUUUGUGAAUAUGAAUGGUUUUGUCUUCUCAAUGUACUGUAUUAUCCUUUAUUCUUUGUUCUCACAAGUUAACUAUCAAUCGAUAAAAGCAAACCCAGAAUGGUGUUGACUAGGAACGAUCCUUUUUAACCAACGGAGAAAAUGCUAUGUGGUGGAGUAUGUGUAACGAUAAGAUAGUUUUCUGUAUGUAUGACCAAAAAUUAAAGUGAAAUGGCCAUUCCAAAAUGA